AUGACUGAUUAUAAGGCAAUUGUUACUGGUGGAGCAAAAGGGAUCGGUCAUGGAAUUACCUCUGCUUUACUGGAGGCGGGUGGAAAGGUAUAUGUGUACAAAUCUCGUAUAUAAUUCAUUAGGUGUGUUAUUUAAUCCCUUCCAUGGUGACGCGGUUUGCAUGAUAUUACUAAUUAUGAUUUCUAAACUGAUUAAAUGAUGUUCCUAUUUAUACUUUCCACAAUUAGAGUUUAAGGUAUGCAAAGGACAACCUUUUUUUUGAAUUAGUUGUACAUAUAUGCAAUAUAUACGCAAUACAAGAAUGAACAACAAAUUUAAUAUAGCCUAAUGUAUUGUAUUUGGAGGUGUAGCAAACACCAUCCCAUGCAGCUGUCUCAUAGGCAGAGAAACUUCAGGCCAUCCCGGCUUGACAAAUAUAAAUGAUGCUGAGAAUUGACCCUAGAAGUAGUUACAAUAGAAAUAAUAUACUCCCUACUGUACUGAUGCAUCCUGACCUUCAUGCAUGGUUAUGCAUGAGUCAAUUCCUGGAGUAACCAUCCCCCCCUGGGACACCCCCGGGAAUUUGCCUUUCAUAUAUGUGCACGGGGGCUGGGUAUUGGAGGGCCCCCGGGGAUUUGACAAAUGGUUGACCAAAAUCCCACCCACAAAUUUUAAGGCAGCAAAACCUAGUUUCAGGCACGCGGCCGCACUGAUCGUAUUUUGCGCCCUCGUGGUCAAGGUGGCGUGAAAUUUAUUGUAAGAAUAAGCGAAAAUUAUACCCUGUGCCAUGCAAAUUUAAAUACAACUAUUAAAGGUUUAUGUUUUAUAAUAUUCCAUAGCAGUUUAAUACUAUAAUGUUAUUAAAUGACUAUGAUUAUAUGCCAUUAAAAGUUUAAUUAUUAAACGUUUACAGUCGAUUUCACGAAACUUUGACCACAAAUUUUCCGAACUUCGUUGCGAAGUUUACAAGAUUGUUGCGAAGUUCAAAAGUUCAUAAUGAGAUUCACAAACCAGUUCGUAAACUACGCAUUUGAUUGGCUUCUUUUACUUCACGGACCAAUCAGGGACUUUGUUUACAAAUUGGCUUGUGAAUUCCAAUAUGAGCUUCCGAACUUCGCAACGAAGUUCAGAACAUUUGUGGUCAAAGUUUCGUGAAAUCGACUGUAAAAUCGUCCCCGGGGUGGGGCAUUUUCCACUCUCAGCUUGCCCAGGGGCCGUGCAUUAGUCUUCAAGUUGUGUCCCGGCACCCGGGCAUUUACACUACCAUAACCAAUUAAAUCAAAUGCCCGGGUGUGUUCCCGGGGGGGGGGAUGGUUACUCCUGGAAUUGACUCAUGCAUUAUACCCAGCCUAGACCAUUUAUUUUUAAUAUUCAGCACUUUUUCACAUGAGACAGGGCCGUAGGAAGUUCUUUUCGAUUGGGGGGGGGGGGCUGAAAGCGAGGCCAGGGCUCGAAUUUUAUCGCGGCAAUUGCCGUAGAGGGAGAAUAAAAUGCCGUUGAUCAUUACGGCAACGAUUGCCGUAUAGUGCAAUUUUUAUACAAUUCACUGUGCAUUACUACUUUGAUACUUGAAUUCAGAUGUUGAUCAAAUCAUGCGUAAAUCACUAUUUUAGUCUCAGUUUUCUUCGGAAAAAAAACACUAAAGAAAUACGUACACAUGUUUCUAGCUUGUCAAAAAUCCAAAGUAACAGUAAAAUUAAAGUUUUAUUACAGUAAUUUGAAAAAAAAUUUUGAAAAGCUGUUACGUUCUACGGCAAUUUUUAACGCCAUUGCCGUCGAUUGAUUUCAGGGAAAUUCGAGGCCUGGCAAGGGCCGAAGGCCCGAGGAAAUUUUUAAAUUUGGAGUCUCUGAAAUGCCAUUUCCUGGACUUUGGGGAAGAUUUGACAGAAUUCUGAUAGUCAGAAAACAGCGUUUUAGUAUGUCGAAAUUUACAAUUAAGUAGUACUAAAUGGGCGAAGGCGUAUUUAAUUAACUAUAUAAUUAUUGAAUAAAUUGCCGGAAAGUAUGGGUAAUACCUUCAUUCUUUGCAGUUUGUCACAGAUUAAAUGAUAAAGGUCUGCAUGAUUUUGAAAAAAGAAUGAUUAUUAGAAAAUUAUUGGGGGGCUGCAGCCCCCAGCCCCCCGGUUGCUACGGCCCUGUGAGAAGAUUGUGACCUAGGCAAUUUGGGAAUGGAGUGGAAGAAGGGUGAACCAUGGCAAUACUUACCAAAUGCUAGCUAGCCCGAAAUUGACCAAACCUUCAAUAUAAUAUGCCAAAGCCAGCCGAGUAUACGCCUUAUAGUCUAGGCUGAUGAUUACAAUGUUGAUGGUUACAAAUGACAACCUGAAUGAACUGAAAUCAAUCAAGACCACAUCCACUACUUAAAACCCUAGGGAAUACAACUAAUAUAAGCACCAAAAAAGAAAAUUAGUGUUGACAAGUACUUCAGAACACUUAUUGUCUAGUAAAUAGUUCAUGAAUGCAGAUCGAAUAGCUCACUGGGGGAAAGGUGAGCCUGCAUGGAACCAUGCGUUUUAUUAAUUCAUCCCCUUUUUCCAUAUCUGCUAAAUGCGAACCAAUAAGCGUUGAUUGGGAUAAAUAAACAAAGACUGUCAACUGUCAAAAUGAAGAAAUGUAUAUAUAACAACAAAGUUCCGAAUACUAUAAUUUUUGUGUGUUGGAUUUAAGUGAUAGAUUCAAGUCAUUUAUGAUACCGGUUUUUGCUGUGAUGCUUUACUAUUGGUUUUAGUUUCCAUUUCUAGUUUUAUUUUGUUUGAUAGUAUUAUUAAUAAUAAAAUGAAUAAAGUUCAAAAUGCUGUUGUUUAUAUUUGCUAUUUUUAAACGGGUGUAUCAGAAGCCUGCGUUUCUAUACGAACGCUACUACCAAGAAAACCUAUAGUUCCGUGGCCUUUCUUCACACCGCCCGUAACCCAAGAGGGGCUCAGAGGCUAGCAGAAUAGCUGGAGAAUAAGCCCAGUGAGUGGGUGUGGUUAGCAGUCUGGGACAAUUAAAACCAUCAAACAGGUUACAGGACAACUUAUUGCUACUCACCAACACUCAACUGUUUUGCAACUACCAUAUUAUGUUGUUCAUAAAAUAUAUUCUAGCUUAGAAGAAGGAAAAGAAGUACGAGCUGUGUUUCUAGAUAUUAGUAAGGCAUUUGACAAAGUUUGGCACGAGGGGUUGAUAAGCAAAUUGAAAUUUAUUGGAAUCAAAGGUACAUUACUAAAAUAGCCGGCUGGAGAGCUAUCUCUCUAAUCGUUUUCAACGAGUAGUUGUGGAGGGGACCAACUCGACCUGGGAAAAAGUCAAUGCUGGAGUACCGCAGGGCAGUGUUCUUGGGCCCCUCCUGUUUCUGAUUUACAUCAAUGAUAUUACUAAUGAUAUACAAUCUGAGGCUUUUUUAUUUGCUGACGACACCAUGAUUUUAGAUGUGGUAUAAAGAUUCUCCAACAACUUCUGCUGUAAAGCUUAAUACUGAUCUUGCAUCCAUAUCUAGUUGGGCCGAUAAAUGGAUGGUCCAUGAAUCCCAGUAAAACACGAUCUAUGAUUUUUUCUGUUAAGAAUAACAAGCCUGAUCACCCUAGACUUUUGUUAACCAGACGUUAACUUGCAUUGUCACUUAGGCAUUAAUCUGUCAAGUGAUCUCUCCUGGCAAAAUCACAUAUGUAUCAUUAGCGAAAGAGCGGCCAAAAGAUUGAAUAUGCUAAAAGGUUUGAGAUUUCGUCUGAACAGAUCUACAUUAAAUAGCAUGUAUAUUUCUUUAGUUAGACCUUUAAUGGAAUAUGGUGAUUUUAUAUGGGACGGUUGUGGGGUUGAGUGCAGUAAUGCUCUCGAAAGAAUUCAAUUUGAUGCAGCUCGCCUUGUUACUGGUGCUAUAAAAGGCACUAACCGGGUAGCUCUGCUAGAAGAACUCUCUUGGGAUAAAUUAGAAAUGUUCACAAAUUGUCAGUUUUAUACAAAAUUAAGAACAGAAUGGUUCCUGACUAUCUUUAUUUUGUCUUACCAAAGCCAGUAUCUCAAAUAUCCAAUUAUCCACUCCGCAACAGUGAUGAUAUAUGCAAUUUUCUAUGUUCUUCAUCUAGAUUUCAACAGUCGUUCUUUCCAUCGGCUAUAUCUGCUUGGAAUUCCUUAUCUGAUUCAAUUAGAAAUCUGCCGUCUAUUACUAAUUUUAAAACUUCAAUUAAGAGACUAUUUUGUAAAAAAAAGAUGUCCGUAGAUUUUCGAAGUCGGUGCUAGGUAUCCUUCAGUUUUACACACAAGACUUCGGUUACGUAAUAGUACUUUAAAUGAUGAUCUUUUCCGUCAUAAUUGUAUACCGUCUCCUACUUGUGCGUGCGGAUCGUGAAACUACCAUCGUGAAACUACUGAACAUUAUUUGUUGGAUUGCUCGCUUUGGGAUACUUACCGUUCAAUUUUACUUACUACGGCUGUAGAAUGUCUUGGGAAUUAUUGGUUCAAUUCUAUUAAUAGAACUGGGAAACUUUCUUUUUUGCUCUCUGGAUGUAAUAACGUUGCUUUUAAUGCAAAUCAUAGAUUGUUUUUUGCUGUACAAAGAUUUAUAAUUGAUACAUCUCGUUUCUCAGUUGGUAAAUAAUGUAAAAAAAGUAUUAUUGUAAGUACCUAGCUGUUUAACUGUAACAAGCUGUCUGAGGUGCUACAAAAUUCUCGAUGUUUGUGUUUCUGAGGGCUUGUUGCAGUAGGUAAUUAACGUGUUUCAAAGCGAUGAUCUGAUUGUGAUAUAUUUAAAACGUUAUAAUUAUUGAUGUUGUAUGAUACUUGUAUAGAUAAACUUUAUUUAAUCACGCUAACCCCGUCAACCGAAGCUGAUUUCCGCGAGGGGCGUGCGAAAAAGUAUACAGAAAAUAAUUUUAAAAACUAUUUACAAAAUUAUAUAAGAUAUAUAAUAUUAUAUGAACUAACAAAAUUAAAUAUAAGUAAUCUAUUUGCAGGUAUAUAUAGACUUAGGUGUCAAUCUAAGUAAUAAUUUCAAUUAAUCAAUGUGAGUAGCGAUUUUCUUUCGAAAGGAAGGAAAGGAUUUGCUCUCUCUAAUUUCUUUAGGAAUAGAAUUCCAAAGGUGUGCUCCGUCAUACAUGAAACUGUUUUUCAUAUUAUUAGUACGCGGUUGUGGUAAAGAAAGACUACUUGAAAUGUUCCGAAGUUUGUAGUUUGUCACCUCACUUUUAUAUGUGAAGAGAUUACUGAGUGAUUUGGGUACCAUUUUGUUCAAUAAUUUGUACAUGAUUUUUGCUUUACUUUUCUUCCUUUGUGUUUUAAGUGGCUUCCAACCCAAUGCUUGCAAUGCAACAGAAUGAUCUAUGUCAUUGCUCAUAUUCAUAAUAAUCCGAGCAGCUCUGUUUUGUACUUUUUGGAGUCUUUUUGAUUGCGUUUCUCCAAACACAUCCCAUACUUCACAGCAGUAAUGAAAAUAUGGGCGAACAAUAGCAUUAUAUACAGAAAGAAGUGUUUGCUUAUCAGCAAAUUCUUUUAAACGGCUAAGAGCCGAUAUUCCGGAUGUUAUUUUCUUGCAAAUAUUCUCAGUGUUAGUUCUCCAAGGUAAAUGUUGGUCAAUUGUCACUCCAAGAGUUUUGGUUUCAUGAACUUGUUUAAUUGACCUGUUUUCAAUUUUCACAUUGAGUUGCGAAUUUGAAAUACUUUUAAUCAUUUGCUUUGUACCAAUUAACAUAAACUCAGUCUUAGCAACAUUUAGACUAAGUUUAUUGGCAAUUAGUAUAAUUACAUAGGUGAUUAUUGAAAAUUCUCCACGCUGAUUGGUUGCCGUUGAGGUGAUUAUUACGCGAUAAUCACCUAAGCGAUUUUCAAAAUGGCGGCCGAAGCCUUUUUGUCAAUUAAAUGACGAAGAAAUGUGUAUUUUCUUAUUUUUUUCCAAAUAAUCACCUAUGAAAUUAUACUAAAACAAUUAUUCACCUCAGGCUCGGUAAUUAUCGUGAAUAAACUCCUCGACUUCGUCUCGGUUUUUAUUCACCGAUAAUCACCUCGCCUUCGGCGAAUAAUUGUUAAUUAGCCAUUUCCUAAGUUUUUCCAAAUCAGAAUUCACUGCAGUUUCAAGAUCAGUAAUAGAGUUUCCAGAAACUGUCAAGUUAGUGUCGUCAGCAAACAACCGAGGUUUUGUUUUUUCCAGGCAUUGAGGCAAAUCGUUAAUAUAUAAUAGAAAAAAUAGUGGCCCUAAAAUAGAGCCUUGUGGUACGCCACGUUUGAUCAAUUUCUCUGAUGAAAAUGACUCUUGUAUUUGGCAUUUUUGUUUUCUAUUUGAGAGAUACGAUUCUAGAAAAGAUAGAGCUUGCCCUUUUAUUCCAUAGAGCUCUAAUUUUGUCAAUAAUAUUUGAUGAUCAACAGUAUCAAAUGCUUUUUUCAAGUCAAUUAAGACUACUAGAUUAAACAUUUUUCGGUCUAAAUUCAUAUACCAAUCAUUUGUACAGUCCAGUAAUGCUGUAGCUGUAGAGUGAAAUUUACGAAAACCGAAUUGAGAAUCACUCAGAAGUCCAAAUUUGGUUAAAUAAUUGUAUAGUUGAUCAUAUAGAAUUCGCUCCAUAAUUUUGCUAAUGACAGGCAAAACUGAAAUUGGUCUGUAAAAUUUCCUGGCAGGUUUCGUUGGCCUUUUUUUAUGGAGGGUGAUUACCGCCAAAAUUAAUGUUUGAAUUUUGCAUUCCAAGUUCUAGAUUUUGUUGUUCGUUCCGUGCUUUUCGAUAUCAAUGAAUUGGAUUUUGAUAUUAAAGAAUUGAAUUUUGAUGUUUGCAGUUGCAUUUGCACUUCUGUUUGCGCAUUUUGUCCUUAAUCAUUCCAUUGUGAUGACGUAACAUUAUGCGUGACCCUCAGAACACAAUUUUCAACUCGAUUUAAUGAUAAUUUAUUUCCCGCAAAAAUUUUAAUUAUCUCUAAUUAUUCCAACAUUAUUACUUCGGAUGUUCAGCAUACGGAUAAAAUGGUUGAGAACCGUUCCAAAUCACAAGAAGCAGCAACUUUUAAUAUUACGCCGUGCAGCAAGCAUUUUAACGCACAAUUCUGCUGAAAGUGAAGGAUGUUGUGCAAGGAACAGCAAUAUGGGAAAUACAGUGCGUCCAAUUGAAUUCAACCUGCUCUAAGUCAACAAGCCACAACCUCUAGUCACGAUGAAUUUCGGCGAGUAUUCUCCCUGUACAAUAGGGCUAACAAUAGCAGCCUCGUUCAUCAACCUCCGGCGAAGCGCGGUCGAGGUAAUUCUUGGGGACAAACGCGUUCUUUUAAGCCACAAGAUACGUGGACACACGAUUUUUCGGUUUGGCACAAGUAGCUCGCUGAAUUAACUCGUAUUAAAAUAAUGCACUUUAAGAUGUGAAAUGUAUGAAGUAAAUCUUGAUGUGAAAUUGUGAAUACGCUGAAUACGAUUAUUUACAAAUACAAACUCUCCACUUCUAAAAACACCAGCAAAAACACUUCUUUAGAUCGAGUAUGAAACGCUCAGCAAGCGUCUUGUUUACGGUAAAUUUAUAUGUAUGAUCAUAUUACAUGUAUGUAAUAUUAAAAUUUUUGCGGGAAAUAAAUUAUCAUUAAAUCGAGUUGAAAAUUGUGUUCUGAGGGUCACGCAUAAUGUUACGUCAUCACAAUGGAAUGCUUAAGGACAAAAUGCGCAAACAGAAGUGCAAAUGCAAUUGUGAACACAGGGCGUAGCAACCGGGGGGGCUGCAGCCCCCCCAAUAAUUUGCUAAUAAUCAUUCUUUUUUCAAAAUCAUGCAAACUUUAUCAUUUAAUCUGUGACAAACUGCAAAGAAUGAAGAUAUUACUCAUACUCCAGAUCGUUCCUCGCGUAGAAAUUUUAGCUGAAUUUCUGUCGCGCAUUUUCAAGAAAAUUCCACAAAAUCUGCACAUUUUUGAUGAACUAAUGAUUUAUUUUGUCUUUUGCGUGUUGGGUCUUGCGAAAGAAAACUCUGAAAAUGCCAUUUCAGACCAUCUAGAGACUCCAGAUUUUCGAAAUUUUCUCAAAUGUUCUGCCUUCAUUUCCGCGCAACUGCCAUUUACGACGAAAAUUCCCGCCGCGCAUUUAUAAUACUACAGUCUGGCCCAUACUUUCCUGUAAAUUUCGACAUACUAAAACGCUGUUUUCUGACUAUCAGAAUUGUGUUAAAUCUUCCCCCAAAGUCCAGGAAAUGGCAUUUUAGAGACUCUAAAUUUAAAAAUUUCCUCGGGCCUUCGGCCCUCGCUUUCAGCCCCCCAAUCGAAAAGAGCUUCCUACGGCCCUGGAACAUCAAAAUUCAAUUCUUUAAUAUCAAAAUUCAAUUCAUUGAUAUCAAAAAGCACGGAACGAACAACAAAAUCUAGAACUUGGAAUGCAAAAUUCAAAUAUUAAUUUUGGCGGUAAUCACCCUCCAUAGUUUUUAUAGAGAGGUAUUACUCUAGCCGUUUUCCAUUCGUGGGGGGAAAGGGAUAGGGUAAUAGCCUGAUUGAAAAUGUAUAUGAGUGAAUCUGAAAUAGCAGGUGCAGCUAUUUUAAUAAUUUUACUAGAUAUCUUAUCAACACCAGUGGCUUUGUUGCUAGAAAGACCAUGCAAGAGAUUGCAUUUUUGAAUAUGUAAAUCUUUAUUUUUGUGCAAGAGCCCCCUAGAUGAGCCAACGUGUGCUCCUGGGGCAAUUGCGCCAAAUAAAUAUGUUUAAACUAAGCUCACACCCACAAUAGUCUGAACAAGACUUACCAUGGCCAACACAAUAAUAGACACUAACCAGACCAGUAAGUGUGAAACGCAAUGACUAAUCACGGACCUCCAGUGUACAACCUCCAGAAAACAUAACACUCUGCCAACAUGAUCUCUUUUCAAAAUUAAGGGUAUGUCUUAAUUGUAAAACUUUUGAAAAUUAAGGAUAUGGCUUAAUUUUGAAAUUCUCCAAAAUUAAGGCAUAGCCUUAAUUUAAUAAUACCACAAUCAUUAGGCAAGGUUUCUUACUAUAAAAGUAAUGGCCAUACUUAGGGAGGCUGGACGCGCAAGGGGGGACCCCAAAAAGAAAAAAAAGGUCGCCAUAUUUGGAUUGGAUUAGGGUUAGACUAAGAUUAGAUUAGGAUUAGCGGUUAGGGGGGGGGGUUAGAGGUUAGGGUGGAGAUUAUGUUUAAAAUUAAGGCAAUGUCUUAAUUUGAACGCUUUUUGCAAUUGAGACAUAGCCUUAAUUUUCGGAAGAGAUCGAGCUGCACUCUGCAUACCCCUCGAAUAUCCCCCAACUAAUGAUACAGGCACUUCUGAUCUACAGUAACCAGAAGUUCAGGUCCUGAUUUUUUUAAAUAGGGCCUGACACAAAACCUGUCUAAACUGUGAGAUUCCCGUCCAUUUGGUGGUUAGAUCUACAGCAACCGGGAAACACAAUGCUCUAUACAUGCCCGCAAUACCCCCAACUAACACCACAGGCACUUCCAACCUACAGCGACCGGGAAACAAUCACUAAUUAGGAACCUCUGGUGCACAACUCCUGGGAAACGCAAUGCUAAGCAUACCCUCUGAUACUCCCAACAAAUGAUACAGAAUACAGAUAGCUAACCAUUGAGAACCUCGAUCCCAAUUACAAUCACCGUCACCCAUAGUGAUGAUGUAUGAGAGCUAGCACAACAGUGAACUACUAACUUGUGGUCUAUUGCUAAUCUAGGAGGCAGCCGAUUGGAUGAUAGGCUUGCAUAAAUGCAUAACCUCAUCAGUGCAAUCUCACACUUGUGGCAUAGAUGAUUUCAAUUGGGAACCUGGGAAGGCUUGUCUAAGCAUUACAUCAAUGCACCGUGAUCAAUGGACCUUAGAAGUGCUUAAUGAAUAAUUGACCCAAGAGUAUCCCACAAUGCACUGUGCAUUCCAGAAAUCCUCUGUGUUAGAAAUUGCGUGAAUUGUACUUCUAAAGGCCUAAUUCCACGACGAUCGCAAUGCGAAAAUUUUUGCGCGAAAAGGUUGAACGCAUGCGCAACAUGAUUUUGGAAUGUUUCUCUGCGAAAUACUGUAUUUCACUUCGCCGUGUAAUUGAAUUCGUUUCUAUUCCGUUGCUGGAAAUAGCGAAGCCAAUCAAAUACUUGUGUUUUGGAUGACAAAAUAGCGAAACCAAUCAAAUGCUUGUGUUUUGGCUAAUUUUUUCCGUCUACUGUGGAAAUCACUACGAGAGAAAAUUUUCGCACAAUGCAAGUCACUUGUCCUACCAUAACCCUAACCCAUGGCCUGUCUUCAUACAGUGAAAUGAUUUGAACACAGGGCUUUUUUACGAACUUGUCUGUGGGGGGCAUCUACAAAAAGGGACCAUACUAUACUGAGUGUAGAGAGAUGGCAGAUGGUUGUUGGUGACAAAAAGUGGUGUGGUAUCGCAUGAACUGGUAGGGGGGCCUGGGGGUAUUCUCGCCCAGAAAAUGUUUUUGUAUUUUUCCACCCCUAGGACUGAAAUGUGAGCAUUUUCUGAAACAGAUUUUUGGAUAUACAGCGUUUUUAACUUACAUUGUGCUUUGAUAGACCGAAUCUGAUCAGUUAACUACUUCUUGCAUGGUAUAUUUAUGUAAAUACCACAACUGGGACACUGGGUCAUUCAGCGGGUAGGAAACUUGUUAAACUUAGUGGGCCCGACUCCCACGAGGUGCUACCAUGAUUGGCACCGAGCAGGAAAAUUUUGAGUCUCUAGAUCGUUGGAAAUGGCAUUUUCAUAGUCUUCUUUACCUCUUUGGCAUUAUGAUUUGUGAGUCUAUGCUGUUUGUGAUUAUAGAAAUCCGAACUUUAGACACCCCCCCCUUUCUCUAGGUUAAAACUUUUUUGAACCCCCCUAUUUAUAAGGGUAAAACUUCGUCCCCCCCCGCUCCCAUUUACCAAUUUAUUUAAGAAUUUAUUAUUUAUUCCUGAUGCAUCAGCAUAUAUAAAAAGUGUAAUGUCCGCAAUAUAAUGUCACUAGAAUCUUUUUACCUAGAACAGUGUUUAUACAAUUCUAGAAUAGGAUCAGUUAUUAUUUCACUGUUUGAAAACAGCGAAAAGUUUUUUUUCUGUAAAAUAAAAAAUAUGUAAUACAAUUUGUAGCAGACAACAUGCAUAAUGUCCGCAACAAAAUGUAAUUCACUGCAUGGAAAGCUGGAAUUGAGAAAAAAUUUAUGUCUUAAACUGUGCUUGGGAAGACAGCUAUAUAUAUUGAAUCCCAAUUUAACUCUUCUGAUUUAAGGCUCAUUUUAUCCCAGCACUCAGGUGUUCCAAAAAUGCAACUCAAACAAAGUCCACAUAAUGUGAUAUGAUUUUUGAUUAUUCCAUGUCUUGCCUUUUUAAGAAAAAAGGUAAUAUCAUGUCUUGCCUUUUUAGAAAAUUCAAUGUUUGAAAAGUUUCGUUAUUUCACAGUUAAUAAAAUCUUAUUUUAUUAACUGUGGUUAUUUCAAUGCCUCGUGCAUGUGGAAUGUCCAAUAACAUAACUUUCCAGCAGUGUCACCCAUGACUGAUCAACUUUAGAAAUAAUAAAUGUUAAUGCCGCCAUUAUCGCAAAACUUGAAAUCAGGGGCGUCGCUAGAGGGUUGAACCUCCUCGUCAGGUAGUCGGCAAAUUAUUGAAUUCCAGUCGCCGCAAAUUGUUUUCGUAGUCGGCAAAAUUCUCAACCUUAUCAAUUACUGUCCAUAGGUUUGCUUUUUGGAUGUUUCAGUCUCGGACGGAGAGAAGGCACAGAAAAGUUUUGAUGAAAAAUAUGGUAGUGGAAAAGCUGUGUUUCUAAAGUGUGAUGUUUCAAAGAAGGAUGAACUACACGGUACGUGUAUAUCCAGAGGAGGAAUGAGGGUCUUCCCGAAAUGCAACGCGCGAAUCAGUGCGGCUCAUUAUUAUUCAAGCUAUUUAUUCUCAACUAAAAACUGUUCGAUUAAAAACUGUUGAAAUAUAUUGCGAUUUUUGCUGUGAAGAUCUCGUUUUCCCAAAGGUAUGUUUUGAUAACCUUUUUGUUUAGUAAUUUAAUAAAAGAAGUUUUGAAUGAUUUUGUAUAUAUAUCGCAUUUUACUUAUUUUAAAUUCCCAUUGUAUUUAUGCAUGUUUUGGGUGUUGAAAAAGUGGCAUUGAAAUAUUCUGGAGUAAAUUGUACUUUUUUUACAAGGAAACUAAAAUAAAAUUACAUCAGUGAAUUCAGGAAUGUUCACUCUUUAUAUUGAUACUUUAAAACAUGAAUUUACUCCAUAAAACCGAAGAGUUAUCGCGGUUUGAAAAUGAGCUAUUUUUGCUAAUUAUCGAAUAUAGCAAAAAUAGCUCAUUUUCAAACCGCGAUAACUCUUCGGUUUUAUGGAGUAAAUUCAUGUUUUAAAGUAUCAAUAUAAAGAGUAAACAUUCCUGAAUUCAUGCACUGAUGUAAUUUUAUUUUAGUUGAAUUCACUGAUGUAAUUUAAUUGCCGUUUUCGUUUUUGUUUUUGUUUUUACACUAUCAUUUUUACAAGUGACUAAUAUAAUGUGAACCUUUCCCCGUCCCCAUUUACAUCUAUAGAUGUAAAUGAUUAUAUAUAUUGGAUUUUAGAAAGGGUACCUUAUGGAUAAUGUGGAUCAAGCUACGAUUAUUCUACCGUGACCUAUAAUAUUACCAAUAAUUUCAAAAGACAGCAUGGAUCUCACUGCAGCUAUUGAUAACUGAUAUUUUGUUCUGUAGAUGCAUUUCAUAAAGCGAAAUCUCUAAUGGGUGGUUUGAACGUGGUGUGUAAUAACGCUGGAGUGAGUUUCUUUGCUGAUGAAAGACCUCAUUCUGAUACGUUGAUAUCUGUUAAUCUG